UAUAAUAUUGUGGUAAGGAUAACCAGCAAGAGAGUAAGAGUAACAAAGAUGGCUAACAGUGGGGCCUUGAUCGGUGAGGAGGCUCUAAGUCCCGCAGCUCAGUUGUUUCAGUCACCAAGUCUGAACUGUUAUAUUGUUACAAUGAUAGGGUUCAAGACAAAGAUCAAUCCUAACUUCGUCAAAGCUGGUUUGGAGCAAACUUUGCUUAAGCAUCCUCUGUUCUCUAGCAAGAUAGUGGACGGCAAGGAGGGCAGGAAUAUGAAAUGGACUCCAACUACUUUAAAAUUAGAGAACCAUGUUUUUGUUCCGAAUUUGGAUCCAAACAUAGAUCAUCCAGAUCAGUUUGUUGAAGACUAUGUUUCAAAUCUGACCAAAACUCCCAUGGACCUGUCCAAACCAUUAUGGGAAAUCCACCUCCUCAACGUCAAAACCUCGGAUGCAGAGGCAGUCGGAGUAUUUCGAAUCCACCACUCAAUUGGUGAUGGUACAUCUCUCACUUCACUUCUCAUUGCAUCUACUCGAAAAACCUCGGACCCAGAAGCAUUGCCUACUGUUCCCAUAAAGAAACGAGCUGGUUCAACCAAUUCCAACACCACAUUUUGGUGGCUAUUAUCCAUUUGGUUUGUUUUGAGGUUGAUUUGGAACACUUGUGUGGAUUUUACGUUGUUCCUGGCAACUUUUUUGUUUCUGAAAGACACACAGAGUCCCAUCAAAGGUGCACCCAGGUGUGAUCUGACUACAAAGCGGUUCGCUUAUCGUAUAGUUAGUUUGGAUGACAUCAAGCUCGUGAAGAACGUGAUGAAUAUGACAAUCAAUGAUGUUGUACUGGGAGCAACACAAGCUGGUCUUUCGCGAUAUCUAGACAGGAGAUAUGCAGCUGAGGAUGAGAAAGAUGGGGAUAUUAGUAAUACUAAUAAUCUUCCAGAAAGUCUCCGCCUUAGAGCAAUCGUUUUCGCAAAUAUAAGAGCAACUGCAGGGAUUCAGGAUAUGGCUGAAAUGAUGGCAAAGGGAUCCAAGGACAAGUGGGGAAAUGAGAUCGGUUAUGUAAUCUUCCCUCUCACAAUUGCUUUACAUGGUGACCCAUUGGAACAUAUUGGGGAAGUUAAAGCCAAGAUGGAACGAAAAAAGCUCUCACUUGAAGCUCAAUGCACAUUACCAUUUUCUUGUAGUGUACUUAAAACAUUUGGAGUUAAGGCAGCUGCUGCUCUGACACACACAGUUUUUACAAAUACUACCGUGGCCUUUUCAAAUGUGUGUGGUCCGCUAGAAGAAAUUAGCUUCUUUGGCCAUUCAAUAGCUUUCCUCGCUCCUAGUAUUUACGGGUUCCCUCAUGCAAUAACAAUCCAUUGCCAAAGUUAUGCUGAUAAGAUGACCAUUAUUCUAGCAGUUGACCCGAAUGUGGUUCCCGAUCCCCACCAGCUACUUGAUGAUCUAGAGGAAUCACUGCAACUCAUCAAAGAUGCUGCAUUGAAAAAGGGUUCAUCAAUACUACUGUCUGAAAAGGAGGAUUAGUUCUUAAGGAACACGAUCUGUUAAGAAUGCAUUUAUAAUUUUUAGAGUGUUAUGUAAUAUGUGGACUAUAGUGUUAUGUAAUUUGUGGAACAUUUCGUUUUCUGUCCUUAGUAGUGCUUUGAUGUUGCAGCUCUGCUUCUUGUAUUAAAGUUAUGGUCCUGGUGUUGUUCUAAAAUUAAGAUGCUUGUAAGCUUGUUGUACUAAUAGUCUGGUGAAUGAAUAUUUUCAUUCAUAAAAUAA